AUGUGUCCAUAUAAGUGUCAAUACAAACAGCGAAAUCUCCCAAAUCCACUAGCGGUUGAGUUGUUAUCAAGGCUAAAGUGUGGUUAUUUCCAGAUUAAUUGUAAUAAAUGUCAAUUGAAAUAUCAGCGAAAAGAUCGACAUAGCGCAACCCUAUGUUUACAAAAUCAGAUCAAAAAUCAAAAUGGUCUUUUUGAGAGCAGACUUACCGCGGCGACAAAUGAUUUUAAACUACAAAUUGAAUUAUUAAUGAAUAGUGAUAAAGAAAAACAGACCUUGAUUCAAAAUUUAGCGUUGGAAAUUCAAAUAUCAAAAAACAAAAUUACUCAACAACAGGAGAUCAUUCCACGACUCGAACAAAAUGAUCAAAAGAAAGAAGCGACUAUCAAGAAGUUAAACCAAUUUCAUAGAAUAUAUGUAAGAAAAGUAAUUCAAUUUGAUAACAUUCCAAAUGCUACCAAAGUCAUCGGGCUGGUGCCAAAUGGUUACUGUGGGACGAAUUGGAAUAAUGUUGCUCAUAUGCAUAUAUCAACGGCACAAGAAUACGAUAAACAAGGCUAUUGUUUCACAAAUGCCUUCAGUCCGAGCAACAAAUACGUAGCGUUUAAUAGCGGCGGAAAUUCUAUGUCAAUAUUGAGUACUACCAACAUGAAAACAUUUACGGCUGAAUCAUUUGAAGCUAGCUCAGCUACGAAUAACGACUUAAAUUUUACAAUUAGUGCAUUACGAAACGGCCAUGAACUGUGUAGGAAAGCCGUUACACUAACAAAUGCACUAACAUUAAUAACACUUAAUUGGACAAACAUCGAUACCAUAAGAUUCCAAAUACCGGCAGAGAAAUAUAUUGCUGUGAGUAGAAUCAAUUUAUUAUCAUAG